AUACUAGUAUCUUCCUUGAAUCUUCUCCUUCUACCGAGUGUAAAUUAAUAUUCUUUGAUGUGCCCUUCAACAACCUUUAAUAUGUGUUGCUGAAGUUCUAUAUAAGUAGCUAGAAUGCUUUUGAGAACCCAUCAAGCAUUACCAAAAAAAACCUUAGUUACAUGUCUACGAUAUUUCCCUAAUACACUUUUUCAUUUGGGUUCUCCUUCAUCUUUGAUUUUAUUUUCAUCACUUUCAAAAUGAAGAUUCUGGGUGCAGGGUUCCUUAAUCUUGUCUAUGCACUCUUGAUUUUACUACAUAUGCAAACUUCAAUUGGAUCCAAUUCAACAACAGCUGAUGAUGGAGUUAAGUGUAUAGAGAGUGAAAGACAAGCUCUUCUCUCAUUUAAGCAAGGUCUGGUUGAUGAACAUGGAUGGCUUUCCUCAUGGGGCAGUGAAGAAGAGAAAAAGAAUUGCUGUGAAUGGGAAGGAGUUCAAUGUAGCAACACAACUGGGCACAUUAUUAUGCUUAAUCUCACCACCUAUUUUAUCUUAAGAGGAAUAGAAUAUCCUUGUGAAAAUCUCACACUUCAGAGGACCAUUGAUCUUUCAAGUAACAAAUUAACAGGAGAAAUUCCGAUCCAAAUGGCGAGUCUUUCUGAAAUGCAUCAAUUGAAUUUAUCAAGAAACUAUUUGACUGGAAGGAUUCCACCAGAUAUUGGGCAGAUGAGACAAUUGGAAUCACUUGAUCUUUCACACAACAAGCUUUCAGGCCAGCUUCCUCCAAGCAUGUCCCAGUUAUAUUCUCUCAGUAAACUGGACCUAUCAUAUAACAACUUUUCAGGGAAAAUUCCAACCAGCACUCAAAUGGACACCUUUAAUGCUUCUGCAUUUGUUGGUAAUAAUCCUACACUUUGUGGACCACCCCUAACACCAUCAUGCCCAGGUGAUGAAAAAUUGAUAGAUGAUGGUCUCGAAUACAAUCAAAAAGACAAAGAUGAAUUCUGGAAAGGGUUUAAACCCAGUAUGAAACUUGGAAUGGCUUUUGGCUUUAUGGGAGUUCUGGCUUUCAAGAUAGAUCAUCCCUGGAAACGUGUUUGUUUCUUGCUGUCAAACCACAUGAAGGUCUAUCUCAGCAACUUGGAAGGCUACCUCUGUUUGGUUGUGUCAGCACUUUGUUUGGUGAUAACAGUGAAUGCCGCUAGACUGCGAAGAAAGUUGAAGUUUUAGGAUUGAUCCCUUGGAAGGUUCGAGAUGCCUCUUCAUGGACUUCAAGGGCUUCUCUUGAGAGCUGAAAUUCCAGCGCCUCCUUUUCAGCUACCCCUGUUUUCAGAACAACCUGUUUUAUCUCCUCUAUUUGUGUAAUAAAUUAUGGUUUGGUUGUGUGUCUUAUGGUUUUAUGUAUGUUUAAUUAAUUUUAUUAUCCAGU